GCGGACGCAGGGAAAAGCGUCUAAAGCGGACUCGGGGAGAGUCAGAAGCAUAUCCGGUGUUUGAAGAGCUGUGUGGGCUCCUGAGAGUCGGAUAAGAAGAGUGGAGGCCGUGUCCCACAGACUCUGGCAUCAUGAACAUAUUUGAUCGGAAGAUCGACUUUGAUGCACUCUUAAAAUUUUCCCACAUAACCCCCUCGACACAGCAGCACCUGAAGAAGGUCUAUGCCAGUUUUGCCCUUUGUAUGUUUGUGGCGGCUGCGGGGGCCUAUGUCCAUGUGGUCACUCAUUUCAUUCAGGCUGGCCUGCUUUCUGCCCUGGGCUCCCUGGGGUUGAUGAUUUGGCUGAUGGCGACACCUCAUAGCCGUGAAACUGAGCAAAAAAGACUGGGACUUCUUGCUGGAUUUGCUUUCCUUACAGGAGUUGGCCUGGGCCCUGCUCUGGAGUUGUGCAUUGCCAUCAACCCCAGCAUCCUUCCCACUGCCUUCAUGGGAACAGCCAUGAUCUUCACCUGCUUCACCCUGAGCGCACUCUAUGCCAGGCGCCGUAGCUACCUCUUUCUGGGAGGUGUCUUGAUGUCAGCCAUGAGCCUGAUGCUCUUGUCUUCCCUGGGGAAUCUUUUCUUUGGAUCCAUUUGGCUUUUCCAGGCAAACCUGUAUGUGGGGCUGGUGGUCAUGUGUGGCUUUGUCCUUUUUGAUACUCAACUCAUUAUUGAAAAGGCUGAAAAUGGAGAUAAGGAUUAUAUCUGGCACUGUGUUGACCUCUUCUUGGAUUUCGUUACUCUCUUCAGAAAACUCAUGAUGAUUCUGGCUAUGAAUGAGAAGGACAAGAAGAAAGAGAAGAAGUGAAAUGACCAUCCAGCCUUUCCCAAUUUGGCUUCCUGUCCUUCCACCCCUCAUUUCCUCUUUGCACACAUUACAGGUGGCGUGUUCUAUGAUAAUGAAAAGCAUCAGAAAAGCUUUUGUACUUUGUGGUUUUCUGUAUUUUGAAUUUUUUGAUCAAAAAACUGAUUAGCAGAAUAUAGUUUGGAGUUUGGCUUCAUGUCCCCAUUUGGGUUCUUCCCCAUUCCCUUUUCUGUCACCCCCAUCCCGAGCCCCUUCCUCUGCUCAGGCAGCCAGUCCACCGUGAUGCGGAGUGAGACCCGCAGAGGGGGCCACCUCCUGGAGUCUGCUUUCCGAUGAGCUGUACCAAGUGGAUGUGUACUGUUUGGUAGAGCUGCCUCGGCCCUUCCUUUCUAAGCACUGGCUAGGGCAUAGUUUCCUUGGGACUGGGCAGUGUGUUUUCCAUUGGAAAGAAGUUUGCUGGUCCCAUUGUUAUGCAGGCUCCUUAAUCUGAGCUUCUGUGGGCCCUAACAGAGAACAUGAAGAGCCUCUUCUGCUGGACACUUUGCUUCCUCUGAGCUGCCCAAGUCGCUGCUGGUCUGGCAAACACACCUUUCUGCCUUGCUAUCACAAAGGGAAUUUGGAUUUGUGUGUGUUCCCUUUUCUAUCCUUUGUCUGACCCUCAGGGAAUCUGCCUGCUUUCCAUCCCUGGGGUGGGAGGAUUUCAGCCCAAAGGGAAGGCUAAUUCUUGUCGCGUUUAUGAAAAGGCUGAUGAUGUAUGGCAAGGUAGAGCAUAGAAUUCCCAAACUUCCCCUGGCUUGUUUUUUUGUUUUUAAUUGAUUAUCACCUUAGUUAUUGAAUGACCUCUACCAGGUGGAUGUGAUUUAAGGUUCCUGGAGAGGAAGGAUAGGGAAGGAGAAUGGUUGAGCCUCUGAUGGUAAUUGUAACUAAUCCUGUCGGACAGACCUGGAUAAGGACUUGUUUGGAACAAAAUCUCUACUGAAUGGGUCUUUGUUCAGAUCAACAGGAUGAGGCUGUGAUGACUUGGGAGGCAGCAUUCAUAACAGUCUUUUGGUAUGUUUUUGUUACAUCUUAACUGGUAAUGAAUGUCCCACCUGAUAAUAGGUAGUGUCAAGCCAGAGAUUCGGGGCAAGAGAUAAAUGUUCAUUUUAUAUAAGCACUUUAGUUUGGGGCUGUUCACCUGUUUCCAUAAAUCUGCAGCCUUCCUGGCAGGACCAAACCUGCAGGACACCUGAUUUCCUUCAGCUUUGUGGUUGCAAGUGGAGGAGGGCAAUAGUAAUGGGGAUGACCAGCGCCUCUGUGGGCUGCCACAGCCAGGUGGCACAGAUGGCCAAGCCUUGGGAGCAGUUACGGCUCUGGCUACUCACUGGGCUUCAGUGUAAGGGGAACUGAGCCAUCAAAAGCUCAUUGCCAGUAGGACACCAUCUUUGGCUCUCCCUGUUCACACCCAAUACACAGUGUGACUCAGUGGCUACUGCUUCGCAGCGCACCACAUCACUGUGCCAUCCCAUGAAACAAUUUGUUCCCAGGAUGUACGUUCCUGGAGUGGCAUGCCACCCAGAAUGGCUCACUUCCACAGGAUGCUGCCCUCUGAUGUAGCUGCUGCCUCCAGCCUCUGGCUUGAGAACUUCCUAACGGGACUUCCUUCCCAUUGCCCCUCCCUCCCCCCCAAUAGCAACUCUCCAUAAAUUUGUUGAUUGUCUGGUAGGCCUGAGAAUCUGAGUUAUUACAUCUGUUGAAGCCAAUCUCCACCUCUUGUGCUUUUUUGCUUGGGAUAAAGGAGUUUUUCUUUAGAAACAGUGCCAAGAAUGACAAGAUAUAAAAAGACUACUUUUAAAGAAAAUGUCUAACAGGUUUUUAAUACAGUAAUCACUGUAAUUAUCACUUUCUUUUCUAGUUCCUUGGUUUUCAGCUGAGGCUGCAUUCUCUAACUCAUACUGUGAAGACAAAGGUGUUUUUGAUUCAGAAAUAUAUGAAAUCUACAGUCUUAAUUUGUAAAAAAUAAAGAAAAUUCCUUAACCUUU